AACACGACCUAACCCAGCCGCACUGCUUCUUGACCAAAUGCCCACUUAACCAGCCACAGUGUCCUCCACAGUGUUGGAGGAAACACCGUACACCUGGCGAUCACGUCAGAAUGCAUGCACCCGACCUGCCACAGGAGUCGCCAGAGUGCGACGGGACAAGGACAUCCCUGCCAGCCAAACCCUCUCCUAACUCCAACGACGCUGGGCCAAUUGUGCACUGCCCCAUGGGUCUCCCAGUCAGCUGUGGUCUAGUGCCUUAGAUGCAGUGCCUUAGACCACUGCGCCACUCAGGAGGCCCAACAUUCAAUAUAAUUUCUCAGUGUGCCUUGCCUUUCCGAGUGAAUUGUUGCAUUACCACCAAUUACUGUAGUUGUUAGUGACAGAGAAACAUUGUUUAAUUCGUUCCUGCUGUAGGAGAAUGUUAUCAUUACAAUUAUACUCUUUAAUUGUAAACUGACAGUGUUAUUGUAACACUUCAAACAACACUAUAAAUGUUACACUGACAAAUUAACACUAGGUAACACUGGCCAAAAUGCUGUGUGUGUUCCACAGAUUCCCAUCCUAUAUGAGGUCUGUAGAUGACGUUAUUGGGAAGUUAAUGAUUAACUUGGAUGAUGUUACCUCAUCGUUGGGUGUACUCCAGUUGAUCCCUUUGUGUUUGCUUUCCCUCCACAAGCGUGUAAUUAUUGACCUGAAGGAGACAGCCAGCACAGCCAACGUUGUUUAUUUGACAUGUAUUGUAUAGAAGUGAGUUAAUUGUUUUACAUGUAUUGCAAAGCAUUCUUCAGAAAAAUUUGAGUUAAAAUAAUUUACUCAGUUUGAGACUUCUGGUCAUUUUUUAAAAGUCAUGUUUCAUUACUCCUGGGCUACUACAGCACCAAACGUUUCAUCUAUAUUUUGGAUAGCAUUAUCCCGACCCUAUUUUGUUAUUCUUCUCCUGGUUAGUGUAUGAACCUGUUCCAAUGCAGUAGUAAUUGGUCAGUAGUGUUGGAGCCAGCUCUAGUCCCUGUGGAAGUACCCUACCCUACAGUACCCACUACACAGCAUCCUCCCUCUGUCCUCCUCGUGCCCCCUGCUCUCCCCAAUACAGGCUGUUUCCAUGGAAACCUAGCAAUCUGCUCCAGUCAGUCCCACCUGUUUCCUACUUCUUCUCUUCUGUUCCUCAGAGUUUUAGAAAUAAAAACAGUCUCCCACUGGCUAUUUUACGUAGUUAGGGCUUUUUAUUCUAAAUCUCUGAGGGUUUCUAAAUGCAGGAUGGAGGAGACUAGUUGUGCAGGGUAGGGAAUAUCAAUGUGGUUUACUAUGUUCAGUAAGUAUUCUGCAUUGUCAUGUUGGAUGGAUGAGGAUGCUGAGGUUGGGGCUCCCCUUCUCUCCUCUCUUCCCUCCCUUUCAGUCUAGACAGACAAAAGAGAAUGAGAAGUGAGCUGUGAUGCAAUGAUGGUGUUUGUACCUCUACAGAUCUAACCUGCACACCCCUCCUCUCCCUGCUGGUACCUCUCCCCUGCUCAAUACUACACCUCUCCUCUCCCUGCUGGUACCUCUCUCCUGCUCAAUACUACACCCCUCCUCUCCCUGCUGGUACCUCUCCCCUGCUCAAUACUACACCUCUCCUCUCCCUGCUGGUACCUCUCUCCUGCUCAAUACUACACCCCUCCUCUCCCUGCUGGUACCUCUCUCCUCUCCUCCCCUCUUCACCCCUCCCCUCCUCUCCCCUCACAGCCUCGUCCUUGUUGUCCGCACGAGAGAACGAUAGAGAAUGAGGGAGGGAGGGGGAGAGAGAGAGUGAGAAAGGGAGGAAGAAAAAGGGAGCUAGGGAGGGCGGGCGGGCUCGGGCGCCAUUAGACAUAUGCAGCGGUCAGUGUGUGUUGCGCUCAACAGCAGCCACACAGAGAGGAUAGGAUCACAUCUCAUCCUGCUCUCUAGUACUACACUGUCUGUCUGAAGGACUCCACUGACAUAGCCAUGCUAUGGGGAUGUCAUAAGGCAUGGUAAGGAUGACACAGGGAUGCUAAUAUCCUUGGUCCAGUGAGGCUACACUAGCUGCUAGCUAAGACACCAUGGCUCUCCUGAGGUCCGUUACAGUAGCGGUAGCUUCUCUCCUCCAUUGACAUCCUCUCUUCUCCUCUUCCACCACCACCACUUCCUCUCUCCACUCAUCUACCCAUCCACCCUCAGUACCACCCCUCCCCCCAUCCAUCCACCCCUACAACCUCAGCACCACCCCUCGCCCCAUCCAUCCACCCCUACAACUUCAGCACCACGCCUACAACCUCAGCACAACCCCUCCCCCCAUCCAUCCACCCCUACAACCUCAGCAUCACCCCUCCCCCAUCCAUCCACCCCUACAACCUCAGCACCACCCCUCCCCUCAUCCAUCCACCCUACAACCUCAGCACCACCCCUCCCUCAUCCAUCCACUCAUCCACCCUCAGCACCACCCCUCCCCCCAACCAUCCACCCAUCCACCCUCAGCGCCACCCCACCCCCCAACCAUCCACCCAUCCACCCUCAGCACCACCCCACCCCCCAUCCAUCCACGCAUCGUCUCCACUCCUCACUGACCUCGUUGCUGCCCAUCGUUGUGGCAUCAUGGCGGGGGAGAAGGGACCAACCAGGCGGAGUGCCAUGGACAUCAAGCGCCUAGCAGGGCUGAUCCAGAGGGGGGCGGGUCGUCUACUGGUGAUUGACAGCCGGACGUUCUCGGAGUACAACGCAUCCCAUGUACAAGGGGCGGUCAACGUGUGCUGCUCCAAGCUGGUGAAGAGGCGACUGCAGCAGGACAAGGUGUCCGUCACCGAGCUACUACAGCCCAACGGCAAGGUCAAGGUUGAGAUGGGCAGGAAACAGGAAGUGGUGGUGUACGACCAGAGUUCCAAAGAGGCGGGGCAACUGUCCAAAGACGGCUUUGUCCACAUCCUGCUGGGCAAGCUGGAGGGCACCUUCCAUCGAGUCUCCCUGCUCACAGGGGGCUUUGCUGCAUUCUCCUCCUGUUUCCCCGGGCUUUGUGAGAGCAAGCCAGCUCUGCCUAUGAGCAUAUCCCAGCCCUGCCUGCCUGUAGCUAACGUAGGCCCCACACGCAUCCUACCACACCUCUACCUGGGAUCGCAGAAAGACGUCCUCAACAAGGACCUGAUGGUUCAGAAUGGCAUCACGUACGUGCUGAAUGCCAGUAACACCUGUCCCAAGCCUGACUUCAUCAGAGAGAGCCACUUCAUGCGGAUCCCUGUCAAUGACAACUACUGUGAGAAGCUACUGCCCUGGUUGGAGAAAACCAAUGAAUUCAUUGACAAAGCCAAGGUGUCAAACUGCAGAGUCAUUGUGCACUGCUUGGCUGGAAUCUCACGCUCGGCAACCAUCGCCAUUGCAUACAUCAUGAAGACAAUGGGCCUGUCAUCGGAUGAUGCCUACAGGUUUGUGAAGGACCGACGGCCUUCAAUAUCGCCCAACUUCAACUUCCUGGGGCAGCUCCUGGAGUUUGAGAAGGGGCUGUCAGACGACAAGACCUCAGAGGGCAAAGGUCAAUCCCAGGGCUCAGAUGUCAAUGGGUUCAGCUCAGGGUCAGAAGUCAACGGUCACCAUGACUCUUCAUCAAUAGAGCCCCAGACCCCACCAGAACCGAAGCUCCCCUCGCCGACUUCUCUCCAGCAAGGCUUCAACGGCCUCCACCUGUCGGCCGAGCGCAUCCUGGACACUAACCGGCUGAAGCGAUCCUUCUCCCUGGACAUCAAGUCUGUGUACUCCCCCAGCAGCCCCCACUGCCUGCGCCUGGCAGCGCCCACACACUCCGAAGACGUGCCCAAGCUAUGUAAGCUGGACAGUCCCCCUGUCAAUGGUGUCUGCCCUCAGUUCUCCCCUGUCCCAGACAGCCCCAGCUCGGCUGAGUCGCCGUUCCCUUCCCCGGGGUGCAGCGGCAGCAUCGGAGGUCUCGACGUUGGGGGUCCCAGUGAGGGGGGCGUUCGUUCUGGAGGUCCAUCAUCGUCCAGGCCCAGGAGGAAAGCCAAGCACAGCCCUGGAUCUGGAUCCACAACCAGUUCCCCGAUACACCCCCAGUCCCUGAGUCUGACUCUGGGACGCUCCCUGCCCGUUCACAAGAGCCCCAGCCUGGACGAGAGCCUGAAGGGCUCCAUGCUUCUCUCUCUGCCCCCCAAAGAGUCCGGAACCAUGUGGACCAAACACAGAGACACAGUCCAGGCCACCACCCCAGUCACACCUGUCACCCCCACUGCCGACACCCCCUGGUACUUCGGGGCUGAAGAGGUAGGGGAAGGAGGGAUGGAACUUGGAGGAGAUGGAGGAGGAGGGGUGGAAGUGCGAUUCGGAAGCAGCUCUGCAUACGUGGCGUUCGGUUGUAGCGAGGGGGUGCGGCUACGGGAGAAAGUGCAGCGGGACAAAAGGGCAUCGUCGUCAUCAGCGCCAUUACAGAGGGACUCCUCAACAACCGUCGCCAACGGGACGGCUUCCAACAGCACCGAGAAGCAGUUCAAGCGGCGCAGCUGUCAGAUGGAGUUUGAGGAGGGAAUCUCAGAUACGCGUUCCCGGGAGGAGCUGGAGAAGAUGGGGAAGCAGUCCAGCUUCUCUGGCAGCAUGGAGAUCAUCGAGGUGUCCUGACUAACCGCACUCCUGACCACAACCGGCCCACCCAGGGAGGAGGAGAAACGGACCUGAAGGAGGAGGGAGGACAGAGGGGGGAAAUUUACGCUCCCCAAACAGACCGUGUUAAAGACUCAAACUCUGAGAAGACAGAAACACCAGAGAGAUUCCGGGAGUCCCUUAUCUAGCUAGUGUUCCUGGACUAGACAUGGGGUUCAGCAGGCUGUUGAUUUCCUAGGUUACAUUUACAGUUCUACCAACCAAAGCUCUGAAGAGAACAACUACGGGAAAAGAUGGAGACUAUAGGGCCCUGACACUGAACUAUGAACUGUGAACUAUUUCCUCUGUGUGGUGUCAGUUCAAGAAGAACAGAUCCAUGGGCAAAUCUCAAACCCCCUAUCACCCAUAUAGUGCACUACUUUUGACCAAAAGUCACCAAAAGUAUAGUGCUAUUUUCGUUAUUGGGUGUCAUUUGAGACAUAGCCAAGUGCUUUCCUCCCAAAGACUUCAAUCCCCAGCAUGCCUCAGUCUGCCCCUCCCUUCAUUUCAAAGACUUCAGCCCCAGAGAGCCACAACCCCCAGCAUGCCUCAGUCUGCCCCUCCCUUCAUGACAAAGACUUGGAAAGAGCUCUGUACCCCAGAAAUGCACCACAGCACAAUGCAGAGAGAGACUAUUCAGACUGUCCUAAGAGACUAUACCGGUGGUACUGCAUCAAAACAAUGACGAAUCCUCCAUGUUGGCGUGUCAGCCCAACAUGGUUUACAAAGACUUUGCAGUUUAAGAGGACUCAUAGUGACUGAUAAAGACUGGCAUUGUAUUUUCCCGCAAUACUCAUCUGCUGUCUUGUUUCCAGUGUUUAACAGUUUGAUGUGACUGUUGGGGCGGUGGAGAGGAGAGGAGUUAGGUCUAAGUUACGCCCUCCCGGUAGUGGAGUUCAGUACUCGCAUGUCUCACUCCACACCUCCCAAGUAUACCCCACCCCAGCCUCUCAGAGCAUGCUCCAGGGUGGCUGGCGACAGACAGACAAAUACUAUAUAUACUAUAUGAAUAUAUAUAUAGCGAUUUUAAUGGACUUUUAAUCAACAACAAAAAAUCUCAGUUCUGGUUGUAAUUUAUUUGAUCGGUUCAUUCUGGUAAUGAGAAAUAAUAGAAUAUUUUGUGGACUUUUUCCUUUCCUUUGUUAAUCUCAGUUUUUGUUGUAUGGUAUUUAUGAAACACAUACAACCACACACUCAUGCACACACAAACACAUGCACGCACACACACACUCAUGCACACAAAACUACAAGCAAGCAAUAUGUGCUGUUCCUUGUUUGGAGGAAGAGUGAUGUAUUUUGGGUUUCAUCUGACGUUGAAAUGCACUUUUCUGUUACUCUUCAAAAACAAGUAUCCCAUCCACAACCUAAGAGGGUACCAACACCCUCUAACUCAGGGGUGGGAAGACUACAGCUCAUUCAAUCCGGCCCAUGGGAGGUUUCAGUAAAAACAACUAACAAAAUGGGGGUUAAAUUACUAUUUGGGGUUUAAAACGACUCUAGGCCAUACUUAAAUGUCUAAAACUAAUGUCUAAAACUAGAAUGUUUGUAGAAAUUAUAAUACACCUGUAUAUUUUCAAAUAACUGUCCUUUUUCUGGCCCCGAAAUUGAUUUUGACAAAGAAAUCGGUUCCCAAAACUUCUGUGUUACCCUCAGUUGAAUUUCUAAAUCCUGAUGUGGCCUUCGAGCCAAAAUGUUUGCUCACCCCUGCUCUUACCUCUGGUGACAUCACCAGAUGUGUGGUAUGGUGAAGAACAGUCCCUAUGAGCAUGAAAACUUUGAAUUUACAUUGACAAGAUGUUGAAAAUACAUAUUUGUGGUUGAAAAUACAUUGAAAAUAGGUAUUUUUAGUUGAAAAUACAUAAAAACUACGUGUUUUCAUCAUCUUAUGUUCACUCAGUUGAGUGUAAUUAAGAUGUUAUUUAUUGUGAUUGGGGGCUCCUACAGUUAGUGCAUCUCCUGGGAGACGGUUAAUGUGUGUGAGCGAGAAUGAAGAACUUUAUUCAACCCAGUACUAAAGAGCAGAAUUAUUGUAGGAAGGACUGUUGAUUUCUCCAGGGCUCAUGACAACAACUACCGGUAUAUGCAAGUAGAUCCACACAGUUGACAAUGUUAGAGACAUCCACCUAACACACUGCUAAACUCACUCUUUUGGCUAGUUUCCAAAUAUACACACACACACAUACAGAACUAAACUGUGUUGGGAUAUGAGAGAAGCCCAUAGCUGAAACAAAUCCCCUCCACACAUACACACACACAGACAUAAACACACAGACACAUAUAGUCACACACAAAGAUAUACCACCACCUUUCGUUUGUUCUCAGGGGAUCUUUCAGUGAGCCAAGCCUGGCGCAGGGUACACAAUUGCUUGCACAUCAGCACAAUGCAUGUCACUCCCUCACUAUCUCUAUCAGUCUGUCGCUCUCACUCUCUUAUUUUCCAAAGGUUUGAUAAAAACAAAACGGAAGGGAUGAAACUAGAACGUGAUUCAGAAGUGAAUAAAUUAAUGCUAUUGCUCUGCUGGUGCGAGAUUGUCUAUUUAUUUAUGAUGUACCUAUAUGUGUUUUUUUCUUUUCCUUUGGUUAGCUUUUCUCUAUUGUGACCUUUGACCUAUACCUUUGUGCUGCUGUAAGGUCAGACCUGGAUUUGCUGUGUUCAGUUCUCUGAGGCUUUCCUUCUAGUCUCUUUAUUUUUAAAAGAUGUUAUAAUUCAUUGUAAAACAUGUUAAGAGAAGAUGCAGGCUGUCCCGAUUGCUAUAAUUGCUAUAAUUGUUGAUUUUGAUGUAUUAUUAUUAUUAUUGAUGUUAUGUUGUGUAAAUAGCAAGGUAUCUAAGAAUAUUGAUGAAUUUAGGUACAUUUUUUAAAUAAAAUCCUGAUACCUUA